GACAAUAGAUUAGUCAGUAAGUAAGCAAAAACUUCUCCACAAAAACAGGCGCUGGGGAAAAUAAUAGACACGUUCAAACUUCACGAGCUUUACCUUGGACUUCGGAAUUUUAUUGCCCCAGCUUUAUAACCAACGUUGAGAUAAUAUUUAACAGAAAUUAUCUUGCGCAGAACUUUAUUUUGCAGCAUUUACACUUCAACAGUUUAGUGGGUAACGUGUUUACUGUCAAUGUCAUUUUGAAUAUAAACGGAUUCACCACCUUCAAAUCGGCAGGAUGAAUUCCAUAGGUAAGGUGGUGUUGGGACUUUUGGGGCUUGCUGUCGUCAUCAUCUUGAUAGCAGUGCCCACAGCAAUAUAUCUGAACGAGGAAAAAGUGAAGGCUCAGAGGACAUUCACUCUCAGUGAUGUCUUCAAUAGUUCCAUCAGGGCCAGAUCCUACAACAUGCGCUGGAUCUCAGACCAUGAGUAUCUGCAUCAAAAAGACGGUUCAGUCUUCCUUCACAACCUGAUUACAGGAAACAACUCAGAAUUCCUGAGCAGCAUCACAUUUGAUCAAGUGGCUGCCUCUGAUUAUGUAGUGUCUGCUGAUAAAAGAUAUGUUGCUUUCAAGAGCAAUUGGACUAAGAUAUGGAGACACUCCUUCACAGCUUCAUAUUCUCUCUAUGAUUUGGCAGACUCGUCAUUUCUCAGUACACCAGACAUUCCUCACCAAGUCCAUUUGUUUGCAUGGGCGCCAACAGGGAACAAAAUGGCCUUUGUGUGGGAAAAUGAUGUCUAUGUGAAGACCAGCCCUACUGCUAAGGCCAUACAGGUGACCUCCAACGGAAAACACAACAACAUUUUAAAUGGCAUCCCAGAUUGGGUGUAUGAGGAGGAAAUGUUCUCUUCUUACGAGGCAAUUUGGUGGUCACCUGGAGGGAAGUAUCUGGCCUAUGCUGAGUUUAACGACACUCUGGUCCAAAACAUAGAGUAUUCCUGGUAUGGGAAGGAACAGUAUCCUGACACUGUCAUUUUCCCCUAUCCUAAGCCUGGCACUCCCAAUCCAGUGGUGAAACUGUUUGUGUAUGAUACUGCAAAUAUAUCAAGCAUCACAGAAGUUGUUGUGCCAGCUUCAAUUGGUGCAGGUGAUCACUAUUUGGCCACAGUCACCUGGGUAACGGAUGAACGCAUCGCUGUCCAGUGGCAGAAGAGGAAACAGAACGAGCUCCGCUUUCAGAUCUACGACUUCAGCAUAGUCGGAAACACCUGGAUCGAGAAUGCGUUAGAGAAACUUGACGUGACAAGCAAGACAGGUUGGAUUGGACGGUUCUCACCUUCUAAUCCUACAUUAUCGGCGGACAAAAACAGUUUUUACAUUGUGAUGAGUGACAAUAACGGCUAUAAACAUAUUCAUCAAGUAGCAGGUGGCACAGCAACAGCUGUCACCUCAGGGACUUGGGAGGUCAUUGACAUUUUAAAAGUGACGAGCAACAACAUAUACUAUUCAAGCAACCAAUAUGGUGACAAGCCAGGAGGGAGAAACGUUUACAAGAUCACUCUCGGAGCCACUCCCCCCGCCACCCAGUGCCUGACCUGUACCCUGAAUGAGGACAGGUGUCAAUACAACUCAGCUUACUUCAGCCAUGAUGCCUCUUUUUUCCGCAUGGACUGCUCGGGUCCUGGACUACCUCUGUAUACUCUCAGGGACAACAGGGAUGCUAGUUCAGAGAUGCAGGUUCUUGAGGACAACACGGCUUUGGAAGGCCUUCUGUCUGAGAUCCACAUGCCCACCAUGCAACGCAGCUUUAUCAAGCAAGGGGAAUUCAAUCUUUGGUACCAGAUGACCUUGCCUCCUGGAUUUGAUGAAUCCAAGAAAUACCCCUUACUUAUUGAUGUGUAUGCAGGGCCUUGCAGUCAGAAAGCAGACUACCGCUACAGGUUAGGCUGGGCCGCAUACCUGGCGAGCACGGAGAAGGUCAUCGUUGCCAGCUUCGAUGGAAGGGGAAGUGGUUACCAAGGCGACAAGCUAAUGCACUCCAUCUACCGACGUCUGGGAACCUAUGAAGUGGAAGAUCAGAUAACGGCCGCAAGAGAAUUCACCAAUAUGGGCUUUGUCGACAAAGGCAGAAUAGCAAUUUGGGGUUGGUCCUAUGGAGGUUAUGUCACGUCAAUGGUUCUAGGAGCUGGGAGUGGAGUUUUCAAAUGUGGAAUGGCAGUUGCCCCAGUUUCCAAGUGGGAGUAUUAUGAUACAAUCUACACAGAACGUUACAUGAAUCAACCUUCAGAAAAUCUUGAAUUCUACAAAAACUCCACAGUGACAGCCAGAGCUAAGAACUUCAAAUCAGUGCAAUACCUUCUGGUCCAUGGGACAGCAGAUGACAAUGUCCAUUUUCAGCAAGCUGCUCAGAUCUCUGAAGCUCUGGUUGAGGAACAAGUGGACUUUGAGGCUAUGUGGUACACGGACAAGGACCAUGGUCUUGAUGGUUCAGCCAAUCAGCAUGUCUAUACCCACAUGAGUCACUUCCUCCAGAGGUGCUUCGCCUGAUGCCAUUCGAACGAAUGAUGCCCAACCUGCCCUGAUGCUUGCCGAACGAUAACCAAACUGCCCCAAAUUCAUUUGUAAUUCAUUUGGACAGCAGGUAGCCUAGCGGUUGAGACUGUUUGGCCAGUUACCAAAAGGUUGCUGGUUUGAAUCCCUGAGUCGACGGUGAAAAAUAUGCCGAUGUGCCCUUGAGCAAGGCACUUAACCCUAAUUGCUCGUGUAAGUAGCUCUGCAUAAGAACAUCUACUAAAUUAUGUAAAUCUAAUUGAAAGUUGUCCUAUUUUUUGAUCAAUUGAGCUGUUUGAGCCAGUACCCAAACAUAUACUCCAAAAGACUCUCCUCUCUCUAUACAGUUAUAAAACAAUGACAUCAGCAGGAUUGAUCUAUCAUUGUUUGUUCUGAGCCUCACCGCGAGUUAUGAGGUUACAUUUGAAAUGAAGGAUGUGAUUAUAUUGAAAUACCAAAGAGCUUUGUGAGAACUGAUCAGCCAGUGACUAAGCAUGUCUGACUUGUAUCCAUUAAAGGGCCUUGAUUGCACUGUUUUAUUUAUGAGGUAUCAACAUGAAUGUCCAUACAUUAUAUUGCUUUGUAUUUUACAUUGUACAAACAUACUGUAUGUUUUUAUAAAGGGAAUAUUGGAAGACCUUUGUACCUACAUUGUCUGUGUAUACUGUUUCAAUAAAAUUGUUUAAAUCUA